CAAUGAUAUUUUAUUUGCUGUCAUUUAUUUUGUUGAACUGCGUCAGACUUCCUGAAGUCCUGGACUCUAAAAAUAGUGGCGUCUGGUCUUUUUUUAAUCUUUGGUCAUACCGUGCACACUUGGGAAAGAUACAGUAGAACGUUUUGCCUAAAGGAAUAUAAGUAAUGUAGACAGAUUAUUAAAAGAAAAGCUGGACAGUAACACAAACAAAGAAGUAAUGUGAGCAUUUUAAAGCGAGUGGCUGACAAGACCGUUUGCUGUUUAGGGUUUGCAGUAUGCAUCUGGUAGUUUUAAGCUUCCUGGCUGGAUUUUUUGGAGCUUUAAGUUCAGUGCUUCUCCUGGGGUCUCUUGGGUCUGAUUAUUGGCUUAUGGUGUUUGAAUCGUGUGGUGAUUCGGCCUCUGAGGAUAUCUCUCAAACAUAUCCAGGCAGUAGAGAACAGACAGAAAACUCCCCUCUGUUCUAUCAUGAGGGUCUCUUUUGGAGGUGUUCUUACGAUAGCAGUGUAAUUGGAGAGAAGGACAGCGUGUUGACUUUCUGGAUCACCAAUCUGCCAUCCCAGAAACUUUGUGUCCCAGCCUACUUGUCUCAUGCUCCCAGUUCAGGACAUCCCAACAGCAUUCAAACCUCAGUUUCUGUCACAGUGCAAAGGGCCUUCUGGUGUGCUAUAUUUGUGGUGGGUGUCUUCUUAGUGAUGAUUGGUGGUUUCAUCACUAUCUGUGCGACACCAGGACCCAGCCGCCGGCUUUAUGAGGCUGGAGGGGUUUUCUUUAUAACAGGGGGUGUCUUAAUCAUGUCUGUAGUGCUGCUGUUUGCUGUGUGGGUGCAGGUCUCGGACUCUUUGGAGCGGUACGGCCUCCAGCGCAGGCGUUUCGUGUGCCCCAGUCUGCAGCUCCACGUACACUAUGGUCCGUCUUUUAUGUUGGCUCCCACCGCUGCCUUCCUCUGCCUGCUCACCGGCCUGCUUCUCCUGCUCAUUCCCUCAGCCAGCAGAGCAUCAGACACAAACACACAGAUCCGGCUAUCGGCACUCAGAGAAGACGAUGUGUAGUGUUGUCUAGUGGACAUGACCGUGACUCUUUUCCAGUGUCCAUGACAAUCAAGAUUUUUUUUUUUUGCAUUAAAGGGAUAGUGCACUCAAAAAUGAAAAUUAUAAUUAACUUACUCCCAAGCCACCAUCUGUUUUUAUGACUUUCUUGUUUCAGAUACAGGAACUGCCGGAGUAUUUAUAAAUUUUAUCCUGACUCAA